AUGCAGGACAUGGUUUUUGCACUCCCGCUGAUUACCGCGUCCUGGGUGGGUGUUACUGCGGCUAGUUCAGCCAGAGCCACUGGCACAACACAACCGAAUUGGUUCCAGACAUCUCCUCAGAGUUACCAAGGUCCAACUGCCACCGGCUCUGCGCCUUUCCUCGCCGUAACAAAUCCAGCAUUCUCCAGCCAUGGGACGUAUAUUGCCAAUGAGCCUUUGGUGACAGAACAGCCUAUUUCGGGAGCGCACGGGCGCAAUAUCUUCCACCAUGCGGGCAAUUUGAGUCCAUAUUUCUCCUCGGAAGAGGGCUUCGGGGUCGAUGAAUAUCCCCUUCCGGCUGGGGCAAACAUUACCCAAAUGCAUAUGCCUCAUCGACACGGUUCCCGAUAUCCUUCCUCGUCGGAAGGAUAUCCGUCAUGGGCUGAAGGAAUCAAGAACUCUACAACUGCCGGCAACCGCUUCAAGGCGGAAAUCCUUGUUCCGAAGGGUCGCCAAGAGAUGUUUGAUAGCGGUGUCCUUAAUUACUACAACUAUGGGCAUCUUUAUAACGAAAGCCUUGGCCACAAGCUAGUGGCACGCACCACAACGCAGAAUCGCAUGCUGAAAUCUGCAGAGAACUUCCUUGCUGGCUUCUUCGGCCUGGAUUGGACUGAUAAGGCCAACCUACUAGCAAUGAUUGAAAACGUGGGGUUCAAUAACUCUCUUAUCGGAACAUAUUCCUGCCCCAAUGCUAUGACCGUCAUGGCUAACACAUCGAUCUACGAACCCAUGAACCAAUGGAUCAACAUAUAUCUCAAAAACCGCACUACAACGCUGAAAGAGCUUUCCGGAUCCUAUAACUGGACUGCUACUGAUUCACAUAAUGCUCAGGCUCUCUGCGUAUACGAGACGAUCAGCUUUGGCUACAGCCAAUUCUGCCAGCUCUUUACUUAUAAAGAGUUUGAGCAAUUCAGCUAUGCGUAUGAUCUCAUGUUCACCGCCAUGGUUGGAUUUCAGAAUCCAGCCGGACGUGCCCAAGGAAUCGCGUGGGUAGAGGAAUUCCUCGCCCGAGUGGAAGGCCAUGUCCUGCAGACAACCGGCACAAAUGCCAACAUGACUCUGGCUACGAACCCAGUUACGUUUCCGAUGGAUCAAAAUCUCUACCUUGACUUCACACAUGAUUCCGAUAUCUUCGCGACUCUCACAGCAUUCGGAUUUAGACAAUUUGCUCAGUUUUUGCCUCCAACAGGACCUCCCAAGAACCAGCAGUUUUCCACCAGCAAGGUUGUUCCUUUCGGUGGUCGAACGAACAUUGAGAUUAUUCGGGCGCCUCAUAAGGUAUCAACGAAGCGAUCUCGAAAUGAAACCCAGAGUGUCUACGUGAAAGACACGAAGGACACAUAUUACGUUCAUUUCCUUCAAAAUCAGCGAACGCUCCCUCUUCAUGCCAGCUUUCCUGAGUGUGAAUAUCGCGACGAUGGAUGGUGUGAGCUUGACACGUUCAUGAAGGUACAAAGAAAAAGCCUGCAGCGGUCUCAGUUUGAGUACGCGUGCUUUGGAAACUGGAGUACUCCGGCUUAUGGGGAUGUUACAGACGGAGUGCCUCCGCGUUCCUGA